AACGGUUGAUUUGGGUGUUUUCCGCCGUGUGCGCGUUAGUUUGAGCGUUUCGCGAUGCGUUCGCUGUGUUUACGCUCAGAUUGCUCGCGGAGUCGCCGCCAGUUUCUCACUGUGAACACAAUGCUAACGUGCUAGCCGCUAGGAACUCAUAAACAAUAACAAACGCCGAGUUACUGAUUUACCUUCCGUAAAUUAAACCCCGUCCUCUCGCUUGUGACUGAAAUGUACCAGCAUGUGUCCGCGCAGGGCGUCUAAUGUAUCUGGGCAGCUUUAUGUGCAGAUGAACGUCUUACAAAUAUGUUAAAAUCAUUGAUAUCAGAUCGAUGCGGUCGUGUCAAAUACGGCCGUAAACUGUGUGCCAAUGGUUUCCUCUUCAGUUUUGCUGACCGGGUCUUUUAUUCAAACUCAGAGAACUGUCUUUUGUAACGCUUAAAUCUUUCCCUUUAGAAAACACACUGAAGAACAGGCAGACGUUCCUGUUGAGCCUCAUACUGAGAUUGUGAGGCGAGAAACUAACAGAAUGACAAGCUCCUCUACCCCUAGAAUGCACACGUACAAGAGGACCUCCAGCCCUCGAUCGCCGACGAAUACGGGAGAGCUUUUCACGCCGGCGCACGAAGAAAAUGUGCGCUUCAUCCACGACACUUGGCUUUGUGUGUUGAGAGACGUUAAAUCCCCACAAAAUAGUGAACGUAAUGAUCGCGGACCACAGGAGUAUGUGGAGAAAAACCCAAAUCCCAACCUACAUUCUUUUAUACCAGUGGACCUGAGCGACCUCAAGAAGCGGAACACACAAGACUCCAAGAAGUCUUAAAGCGUUCCCUCUCUUUCCGAUCCGGCAGUUGUUUUUUUUUUGUCCUCCCUUUUACAUUUGGGACCUUUUUACUCUAUCAGUCUUCUGUCGGCCGACAAACAUCCGCGAGCUGAGGGAUUUGGCCGCCGUAGUCAAGAAAGCUUCUCUUUUCUCUGCCUCUUGGACCUGUGGUCUGGACUUACAGGCUGACAUCUAUUUAUGCGUUACGUUUUUCCGAGAGCCGUUUGAGCGGCCAUUCCCUAUUUUUCAUGUUCAUCCGGGCUCUCUGAUCUCUCUCUCUUUUUUUACUGCUUAAGUUUGGGUUUAAAUUCCUCUCCGUGCUCGUUUUUUUUGGAAGAUCAGCAUCGGAAAGGCGAAGAACGGUGAUGCUUAAACUGUUAGACUCCACACAGACUUUCCCCCGAGAUGGGACGCGGUCCUGGAAUAUACUCCUUGGAAUAUACCGACCGUUCGGUUAGUUUGUUAGAUCGAUUGAUUCGUAGAUGAGUUUAGCGAGUUUCGUCAGAUAGGACGGGUGAGUUUGGCUCGGCGAAUAUUUUUAGUAAACGUACCUCCAUUUUUAACUAUGAAUUGAUACCUUCGAAAAACUUCAAGUAGGCUUUUCCGUAUCUUUCGUCCCCAGCCUUUAAAAGAAAAUUAAAAUAAAGAUUACUUUUAUGUUA